AUGACGUUGAUUUCCCUGAAGUUGCAAUCCAGUGGUCAGCCUAAUUGUAUAGUUACAUGGACCAAUAAUAUCAGCAAAACUUUUUUCGAUCAGAAGAAAUUAGUAUAUGAGUACUCCCAGGACUAUGAAGAAAUACAGAAUCAGCUAAAUGGUAGUGGGAACUCCUGUACAGAGGAAUACAGCAAAUACCUGACAAAUGCUGAUUUAGCUUAUAGGGUUAUAAGUGCACAUUGUCGGGGUCCCACUCCUGAUAACCGUGCAUACUGUGAUGAGUUCGGGAAGAAAUAUAGUAAGUACAUGGAUAAGGACGGAAUAAAAUUGAAAUGUACGAAAGUAUCACAGGGUGCCUCAUUAAGAAGUGAUUCGUCAGGGGAUCAUGCUCCAGCAGCCGCGGGAGAAGAGGAAGGUAGAUAUCCAGGACAGAAGAAUGAUCAUCCUACCCAGGACGAUGGUAAAGCCCAUGGUGCGGAAGCGAAGCCUACUGCUCCUGAUAAUGGUGACACUAUAUUACAGACUGUUGGUGGCAAUAGUAUGGAAGGCAAGGAAGCGCAUGCAAAUGGUAAGGGUGUUAGUCUUUCUCAGGGGGGUAACCCUGAACAGAGUAGUGCUCCUGCAGUUGCUACUAGUCAAGAUGAGCAAACUAGUGAUACCCACCAGCAGAGUGAAAUAGUAUACCCCAUGGUUCCGUAG